UAAUUACAAUGAACAUCAAUUGCUUAUUAGUUUGUUCGGUUGGUCAAAUGGAAAAAUAUAGUAAUUUAUGCAUUGAUUUUAUGAAAUGACAAGUUUUAUGGACCAACUAUUUAUAGUAAGGAUGAUAUAUAAAAAGAAACGUAGCCAAUCCCAACGGCUAUAAGUAUGGGAUGCCCGUUGCUUCUUUUUGUUCGUUGUGACUAUUUGUUUGAAUUUGAUAUAUUACCAUUGUUUGUGUUCAGGGGAGACUGACGUAUCUUGUUAGAUUUUUGAGUUUUUUCGCUCUGUUUGUUUGGGGACUCGUAGAUGACUGACUUUGUUUGUUAAAUGAUUGCUUAAAGACUAGGCAGGAAGCCUUUAAAUUCGGCUAAGCCCAAUAGCUUUAGCUCAAAUCCUGUAUUUGUAUUAUAUAAUUCAUUCAAUAUGUAUAGAUAAUCUAUCCAAAGUCCAGUUAGCAAAAAAGGACUAAUUGUCGUUCAAAAUCCAUAAACUAAAAAUCUUGGCUCCACCUCUGCAUGUACUACCAUAAAAUUUGAGAGGAAGAUUUUAGUGCAGUUAUUGUUGUUAUAAGAAAGUCUCGGCUGAGACUGAUAAAUGACAUGUUGAGCUGAAUUUUUAGAAUAAGCUUAUAGAAUUGACUGAAUUUGCAAGGAGAUUGAUGGCUAUUGUCAAAGAUGAAAGCUUAUAGGGAAGCGAAAAUAUACAUUUGUCUCUUAAGAUGAUCAGUGCCAAUUGAAAACCGUCAACAUGGAGCUAAUGCUGCAUAUUUUAACGCUCAUGGAAUAGGAUGAUUCCUUUUUUGAAGCUUCCGGAGCCUCUAGGAUUCCCAGCAGAACCAGCCAUUCUUCUGUUCUAUCAAGUCUAAGUAUUCCAUCUUAUAGUCGGAAAAGCAGCGCAGAUACUCUUUCUACUCCAAGAUCUGAAGGCGAGAUUUUGUUUUCUCCCAAUGUUAAGUCCUUCUCAUUUAACGAAUUGAAAAGUGCAACAAGGAACUUUAGACCAGACAGUCUUCUUGGCGAAGGAGGAUUUGGUUAUGUUUUCAAAGGAUGGAUUGAUGAACAUACUCUUACUGCUGCAAAGCCUGGUUCUGGAAUGGUCAUUGCGGUCAAGAAAUUGAAGCCAGAGGGUUUUCAGGGUCACAAGGAGUGGGUGACUGAAGUUAAUUACCUUGGCCAACUUCGUCAUCCAAAUCUGGUUAAACUCAUUGGCUAUUGCAUAGAGGGAGAUGAUCGGCUUUUGGUGUAUGAGUUCAUGCCUAAAGGAAGUUUGGAGAAUCAUUUAUUUCGAAGAGGGCCUCAACCUCUUACUUGGUUGACAAGAAUUAAGGUGGCUAUUGGUGCUGCUAGAGGCCUUGCUUUCCUACAUGAUGCUAAAGAACAAGUUAUAUAUCGGGAUUUUAAGGCUUCUAAUAUUCUCUUAGACGGGGAAUUUAAUGCAAAGUUGUCUGAUUUUGGUUUAGCCAAGGCUGGCCCAACUGGUGAUCGCACUCAUGUGUCCACUCAAGUCAUCGGUACUCAGGGCUAUGCUGCUCCAGAAUAUGUUGCUACAGGUCGAUUGACAUCAAAAAGUGACGUAUACAGCUUCGGGGUUGUAUUGCUUGAACUUUUAUCAGGGCGUCGUGCACUCGAUAAAAUGAAGGUUGGCGUAGAGCAGAAUCUUGUGGAUUGGGCAAAGCCAUAUCUUGGGGACAAGAGGAGGUUGUUCCGAAUCAUGGACACUAAACUAGGGGGACAGUAUCCUCAGAAAGGAGCAUAUACAGCUGCUAACCUUGCUUGGCAGUGUCUAAGCAACGAGCCUAAGCUAAGGCCGCGGAUGUCUGAAGUUUUGGCUGCUCUUGAACAGCUUCAAGCACCGAAAGGCGUUAACAAAGUAUCUCAGAUUGAGCAUCGAGCCACUUCUAGCUCAGUUCCAGCUUCUCCAUUUAAACACCGUUCAUCACUCAGCGUGACACCCUCUGCGUCUCCAUUAAAGGCCUAUCAUAAGUCGCCACGCAGAAGGUGACUCCAAGAAAAUAAACUUAUAUUUUGUUGUCAUUGUAAAGUUUUCCUAUAUGUACCAAUUUUGUUGUCUAGAUGCAUUGAUAUGUAGAAUCAACAGAUUGUUUUCAUGUAAAAUGUUGGAAUCAUCACUCUGUAACCUAUUGAUUGAUGAGUUAGCUCUUCUGCUCGUUGGGUACAAAUAGUCAUGUUUUCACAUAAUGGGAUUUUUUUUUCUUUAUG